AUGUCGGACAAAUGCCAGCUUCUGGGCCCGUUUGCGCUUGUAAUCCAGGCGUUUCUGGGCGUGCUCGCUCUCUCGUCGCUCGUGUGGAAACGCUACCGCGAGUACCCGAACCGCAGGCCCUGGAAAAUAUGGUUUUUCGACGUGUCCAAGCAGGUAAUUGGGGCCUUUGGUAUCCACAUGCUGAACGUGUUCAUGAGCAUCCUGGGCGGCCACUCUGACAAGUGGGUGGCAUCUGUACCAAAUCAAACGUCGCCGUACUAUUUCGCCAGCCCGCCAAACCCACCAGCCUCCCCGCCACCUCCAGAACCAGACUUUGACAAUCCGUGCGACUACUACUUUCUCAACAUCCUUUUCGACACAACCAUCGGCAUCCCGAUCCUCUGGGGCCUGCUGCAUGUUAUCUACACCCUCGCCAGAAACGCAGGCAUCGAGGGAAUCGAGUCUGGCCAAUACGGCAAUCCACCACGAUACUCGUACUAUUUCAAACAGCUAGCACUAUAUUUCAUCGGGCUCGUGUCCAUGAAACUCAUAAUAUACAUCCUGCUUGUUGUGUGCCCGUUCCUGGUCCACCUGGCCUACUGGCUGCUCUCGUGGUCGGACGCCGUGCCGAAUCUCCAGGUCGCCUUUGUGGUCCUCAUAUUCCCGCUCAUCAUGAACAGCUUCCAGUACUACGUCAUCGACUCCAUCAUCCAGAGCCCCGAGUACUCGCACCAGCACGCCAAGUCGCCCGACGAGCGCCCCGAGUCAGAAUAA